AUGAAUUAUCCAGAGACUAAAUCGUAUCGAAGAGAUACACAGCGAGUCCACGAUCCCCGCAGGCCGCAGUGCUCGCUGUGCGGCGCGGCGGUGCCGGCGGCGGGGCGCGCGGAGCACGCGCGGCGGCACGUGCGCGCGCUGGCGGCGCCGCGCGCCCGCGCCGCGCCCGCGCUGCUGCUGGCCUGCGCGCAGUGUGAAGCCACAUUCCCUAGUCGAGCUAAACUACAGAACCACGUCAAGAGGAUACAUCUGGGUUUGAAGUACAACAAGAAUAUCGUAUGUGAAAUAUGUGGGAAGAAUUGUACCUCGAACGCGACGCUGCGCUACCACCAGCGCCGCCACACCGGCGAGAAGCCCUUCCCCUGCGACAAGUGCGCCGCGCGCUUCAUCAGCCGCGAGCAGCUGCGCAUCCACGCGCGCACGCACUCCGGCGAGCGGCCCUACGGCUGCGCGCUCUGCGGGCAGCGGUUCAGUCAGAAGCCCGCGCUCAACAGGCACUACCGGGUGAGCGCUCUACACACAGACAGAUAAGUGAACACACUCCGGCGAGCGGCCCUACGGCUGCGCGCUCUGCGGGCAGCGGUUCAGUCAGAAGCCCGCGCUCAACAGGCACUACCGGGUGAGCGCUCUACACACAGACAGAUAAGUGAACACACUCCGGCGAGCGGCCCUACGGCUGCGCGCUCUGCGGGCAGCGGUUCAGUCAGAAGCCCGCGCUCAACAGGCACUACCGGGUGAGCGCUCUACACACAGACAGAUAAGUGAACACACUCCGGCGAGCGGCCCUACGGCUGCGCGCUCUGCGGGCAGCGGUUCAGUCAGAAGCCCGCGCUCAACAGGCACUACCGGGUGAGCGCUCUACACACAGACAGAUAAGUGAACACACUCCGGCGAGCGGCCCUACGGCUGCGCGCUCUGCGGGCAGCGGUUCAGUCAGAAGCCCGCGCUCAACAGGCACUACCGGGUGAGCGCUCUACACACAGACAGAUAAGUGAACACACUCCGGCGAGCGGCCCUACGGCUGCGCGCUCUGCGGGCAGCGGUUCAGUCAGAAGCCCGCGCUCAACAGGCACUACCGGGUGAGCGCUCUACACACAGACAGAUAAGUGAACACACUCCGGCGAGCGGCCCUACGGCUGCGCGCUCUGCGGGCAGCGGUUCAGUCAGAAGCCCGCGCUCAACAGGCACUACCGGGUGAGCGCUCUACACACAGACAGAUAAGUGAACACACUCCGGCGAGCGGCCCUACGGCUGCGCGCUCUGCGGGCAGCGGUUCAGUCAGAAGCCCGCGCUCAACAGGCACUACCGGGUGAGCGCUCUACACACAGACAGAUAAGUGAACACACUCCGGCGAGCGGCCCUACGGCUGCGCGCUCUGCGGGCAGCGGUUCAGUCAGAAGCCCGCGCUCAACAGGCACUACCGGGUGAGCGCUCUACACACAGACAGAUAAGUGAACACACUCCGGCGAGCGGCCCUACGGCUGCGCGCUCUGCGGGCAGCGGUUCAGUCAGAAGCCCGCGCUCAACAGGCACUA